UCGUUUCGUUUCUCUUGGUUUCGCCGUUUCUAUCUAAUCCAGUUUCGGGAACAUGGUGGUUUUUGACAAAGAUGUCGUCUUUAGGGGCUCCCAUUAUGUGUAGCAGCAUACCAGGGUUUGUUCAGAAGCAGCGCCGCCUAUGUCAGAAACACCCCGACGUUAUGGCCAGCAUUAGUAGAGGAGUAAGAGUAGGUGUGAAAGAGUGCCAACAUCAGUUUCAGAACCAUCGUUGGAACUGUUCGACAGGGGACACGGGUACUUCAGUGUUCGGGAAAUUCAUGCUCAAGACCGGUAGCCGUGAGGCGGCGUUUGUGUAUGCUAUCAGCUCUGCUGGCGUUGUUCACUCUAUUACCAGGUCCUGUAGUCGAGGGGACCUGAGCGACUGCUCCUGUGACCCCAGGAAAAGAGGAACCUUUCGUGACGUCCACGGAGAGUUUACCUGGGGCGGCUGUUCCGAGUACAUACGCUACGGCUCCAAGUUCGCCCGGAAAUUCGUAGAUGCCCGAGAGCUGAGCCAGAGCGACGGCCGAGCUCGGAUGAACGUCCACAAUAACCAGGCAGGUCGAAGAGCGGUGAGAAAACACGUAAAACUUCAAUGUAAAUGUCACGGAGUUAGUGGAUCAUGCGCAGUUCGUACCUGUUGGGUCGCCUUGAUGGAUUUCCGUGCGGUCGGGAAUUACCUGAAGAAGAAAUAUGAUGGUGCUGUGCAGGUGAUAAUGAACCAGGCUGGAGACCACCUUAUGGUUAGCAACAAAAACUACAAGCGAUUCACCAAGUCCGAUUUGGUAUAUUUUGAAAACUCUCCAGACUACUGCGAUCUCUGGGGACUGCUGGAAGAGAGUGCAACAAAUCCUCUUUGGGAACCAACGGCUGUAGCAUCAUGUGCUGUGGAAGAGGUUACGAUACACGUAGAGAACUGGUGGUCAAGAAAUGUAACUGUAAAUUUCACUGGUGCUGCUUCGUCCAAUGUGACGAGUGUCGCGUGUGGAGAGACGUGCACGUGUGUAAACCCACGGAAAAAUGGGCGCGAAGGAAACGCUCAAAAGAUACUCACGCGAUAUGGACAUCUCCUGGAGGUGACGAACUGGCGUCAUAAUCGCAAGACAUUUAUCACCCCCAAGUCUGCUGACAUGCGCAGUUGUUGGUUGUAGUUUAUAUCCUCGCGUUGUACUGUAUAGCCCUACGUUUAGGUGUGUUCUUUAUAACACAUAAACAUAAAAAUGUAAAGUAAGAUAUUCAAGAUAUAGU